AACUUUUUUCUCCAUCCUUCAUGCAGGUACCUUGCUGGUGGUGGCACUUUUGUAAUCCUGUAAUCAUCAUUUUGUUCUCUUUGCGCCAUCUUCACUUCUUCAAGAAUCACGCCUCCCGUACACAGUCAUCUAGUCGUAUUCAGGUCUGAUAAACGACUUGCGUUUGCCCAGCUAUAUCGCUAUAGCUAUAGCUUUACCAGUUGGCCUACCGCGUCUGUCGAAACCACCGCGAAACAGCGCGAAUCUCCACACUUCGAACAGCUUCAACCUAUCCAUAACCAUCACCGCCAAACAAGAUGGCACCACCUACAGGCAAGCGUGUCAAGGGCGUUCAAAUAUUUCGACCCUUCGUUUACGGAACAACAGCACGGCCCUUCGACGAAAAGACCAACCCCAAACCACCCGGCAUUCCAGAUGAUCACACGCACUCCUGGACCGUUUUCAUCAAGGGCAUCGACGAUGUGGACAUUACGUACUGGCUUCGGCGCGUUCAGUUUAAGCUUCACGAGUCCAUUCCAAACCAUGUUCGAAUGGUAGAAGGGGUCAAAGGCCAACCCUUCCAAAUACACGAGACCGGCUGGGGUGAGUUCGAAAUCACCAUGAAGCUGUACUACGUCCCCGAAUCCUCCGAGAAGCCUCAAACGCUCUAUCACCAUCUGCGCCUGCACCCAUUCGGCCGCACCGAAGAAGAGAAGGAGGCUAUGCGCCUCAACGGCGGCGAGGUCAUUUCCUGGGUAUACGAGGAACAGAUCUUCAACGAACCCUACGAGCCCUUUUACGAUAUCCUCAUCUCCGGCGCCCUCCCGCCAUCGGCUUCAACACUGAAAGACGGCGGCGGCGGCGGCGGUAGUGGCGCCGCGACGCCGACCAGUGCGAACACGCCCGGGGCGAGCAGCAGCAAGGGCGGAAAUAAGAAAGGGCACGAGAGGAGUCACUCGCGGGCUAGUGUGAGCACGAACAAGGACGGGAAGAACAAUAACGAGUCAAAAGAGGAGCCGUUCGUGAUACAAAAGUCCGAGGGAGGCGUGCUGGAGAGGAGCGCGAUGAUCCCUCUGGUUAAUAGACCCGGGCAGCCGUUCAGUCGGGAGACGGAACAGUUGGAGAUUCAGAAGCUCAAGGAGGCGAAGCUAAAGGUGGAUGAGAUGAAGAAGCAGAUGAUGGAGGAGUUGGAGAAGAAGCAGAAACGGCUGGAGGCACUGAGGGCGGAGAGCGCUAAGGCUCCCUAGAAGGAAGUCGAGGAGCGUUCAGCGCAGAAGGCAGCUCGGAGGCGGCGUUCCCGUGUGGCAUCUGAUCCGGAUUAUGUUGAGUAAAGGGAGUUGUGGCGUUCAUGGGUGCUAAACAGCCAGGGUGUCACAAAUUGCAUUGCUAGUGUUGGGUAAGGAAAAACGGCGCUUUAUCGUUCAUCAUUUAGGGUUGUUCAAGGCCAGCACGGCACCGAACCAUCACCAUUACAAGUGCCCAUCCAUCUCCCUUGAAAGCCCAUGACAACAUCAAUGGCAUAAACUCUCAGGCCGCCUCCCCUGCCCCAACCUCCAUGAAACACCUCGUCCGGAUCCUCGGCACCUCCACCCCCUCAUAAUACCCCCCCUCUUUCAACACCUCAUCCAUCCCCUUCCAAUACUCCAACUUAGCCUCCCAAUUCUUCUUAUCCAAAUCCGCCAGCUUGGCUUCCACCUUCAAGCCUGCCUUCGAGUCUUCCGAUAUUCUCACAAAACAGGUACAAUCCCUCAACGUCAUCGCCAACGCCAGCUUCUCCUGGUCACUCGUCCCCUCCGGCGCCGGGUCCAAGCUCUCUUGCGCGUCCCGCAGCUUGGGCAGCAACGAAUUGCUUUGCAGCCAGUGAACAAGCGCGACGCGGUAGCGCUCGUCUACUUGGUCCAUUCCUGGCCUGCCAUCGUCCUCGCCAUCCAGAGAAACAGCCGGUUGCACACCAACGGGAUUCUCCCUCGUCGCUGGCUUGGUGUCCAAUGAAGCGGAGAUGGCAGAAAGGUUCAUGGAUGCGAUGACUCGGGCUAGAGAGCAGGGCGAGGAUUGAGCGGCUAGGUACUCGAGGGGGCAGAACGGUGGCUCGUGGCUAAGGGCACAGGAGGAGUUUUGGUCGGAGGAAGCGGAGCGAAGCGAUUUGUGUAGGCGGUAGGCUUCGCGGGCACAGUUACGGCAGCGCGUGGCGGUAGAGGGGGCGGAGGGGGAAGGGGUGAGCCAUUUGGGUUUGAAUUCUAGAAGGAAGUCUAAUGGGGAUUCUGUGGAGGGGGGAUUUAAGUUAGAGACAAAAGUACUGGAGGGAAAGCGGAGAAGGGUGAAGAGGGACGAACUCUUCCUCAUAUCCUCAACCAACAUGCCAUACUCGGCCUCGGCCACCUUGGUACCCUGGAAAUCUGCCCUACGCUGGGCGUCUUCAUUUUCAAGAAUUGCAUUGAGUUGCGAGACGACGGAAUUGUUUAGACGAAUGAGGUACUGCUGUACUAGGUCUUCCUGGGGGUUAUCGAAGAGUGGACUGAUGGAUGACUCCCAG